AUGAAGAUUACUUACUUGAUCUGCAUUGUGUCGUUGGUUGUCUUUCGAAAUGUCGCAGCCGAAGCUGAAGAAACUUUGACAAGCGAGAACGCUACAGAGACGACGACAAUUCUGGACGACGCUGUUGCUGUAGAAGAGACUUUGACAGUCGAGGAUCUUGAAAAUCUGCAAAAUUUUAUGCGAGCCACUGUUCAUUCAUUUCAAGAGAACUUUGUGAGGUUUUUAAAAUCCUUCUUCUGGACAAGAGUAGCAGCUCCAGUACUCAGCUCACUCGGUCUCAAUCAAACAUUUACCGUGACAAUAUGAGCACAGAUGACUGAUAAUGAUGCCGUGCAUAUCGAUCAGUUAGAAUAGACAAUUAGAAUUUCGUUCAACUUUCCUAAUCAACAAUAUUCAUUACUUUUAACUUAAUGUUUUUCUUUUAAUAAUAAUAA